UGCGGCGGGCUCGGUGGCUGAUCAGCUGUGGUGUGUGAUGUCUCAGGCCCCAGAUACAAUGCUGUCAGAGAAAAAUAGGAAAAUACAACAACACAGUAAGAAGCUGCGGCUGCUGUAGCAGUAACAGCAAUGAUGGCGAUGUUGGUGACAAAAGCAGGGACAAACGCCGGCUAGUUUUGUCAUCCCGCUCAGCUGCACGCUACGUAUUGGUGUGUGUGUGUGUGCCGGAGUGGGCGCGAGAGUUUGGGAACAAAGAUGUUGCUUGAAUAUCGGAGCAUCUGUGAAUACAUAAUUUCUGUAUAACGGACAGAGAGAGAUCAUCCUGAGCUUGGUAUAGAGAUAGCUUUCAACACCAUAUUUGUGCCAGUACCAUCGCGUAUCCUGAUGCCGACGCUGAUUCCGCCGCCAUUAGGGAGGGAAGUGGGCUGUGUUUGCUACGAUCACUAUAACGAAAAUAUAAUGCGAUAGAAAAAAAAGGCUGCAUGUGAUCGACGAUGACGAGAAACUUCUGAAAGAGGGCUCUCAAAAGGAAAUAGACUGAGGCGGCAGUGGAAAUCGAUCAGAGAAUAACAAAGUCUACCCGUUCAUGCGAUCUAUGCUGACUGAAGGGAGCUGAAUCCACAACACAUGUACUUGACUCGGCAAAUCUACCAGAAUGUCCACCAGCUACCCUGUGUUGACGUGUGAAUCUCUGUGUGAGAAAGCAAUACGUCAUUUCAAUGUAUUCUUUACUAUAAGAUGCUGCGGCUGGGGUCAUCUGAUUUUGUCGACCGCCGUGUCGACCAGUUCACUUCAAUCUGCUGUGGGAUCACCGUUUAUCAAGUGAUUGUUGGGAAAUCGCGUAAGAUGAGCCACUAACCGUUGCGUGCUAUCCACAGCGGUACUAACGGUAUCCGAACGCCAUAGCGGCAAGGCCGAAUGCGCCGGACUCAGACAUCGCACAUAGUGCUUAAUAAGAAUUACUUAUCUCAGAAACAGAAUAUAUAGAUGGUUGCGUGGUUAGCUGAAAUUUGUGUGUUCUCGAAGAGUGAACAAAUACUGAGUCAUAUGGCAGAAGUCAGCAAAGAUCAUACUAUGGAAACUACAACCUUCUCCUGAGAAGGGCAAAACGAAUUCUGAGAAGGCAACGACUGAGAUUGCCCGUUGAAAGCUGUAGCCGUUGAUGAGCGUUCGAUCGCAGUCGUUCUCCGACAAGUUACCUCGGUUCAGUGACCUGAUGUCCUCGUCCGGUCAGAGUGUAUUUGUCUAUAUAUCAUCUGCAAUCGGCAUACACGAACUUGCUUUAUGCUCUCGAGUCUUGUCAGUGUUAAUGUUGUAUGUUUUGCCAACGUAUCUGUUUGGGCUUCAUGGAAACUGUGUGAAUUCAACUAUUAUAACCAUUAUUAACCAUCUUUUUAUGACGUCUGACGUGGCCGGAGAAAUGUGGCAUUGCCCCGAAGGCUAUGCGUCCACGAAAAGGGCGCUAAUCAAGACGUCAAUUUACAAACUAAUGCCACUACGGCUGUCAUCGAAAUGUUGGGGAGUCAUCAACAAUAUUUCACUACCAAGCCCGUUUCGAGCGCCGGUGAUUAGCGCUUUUUCAUGGUACACUGGAUGUAAUAUCAGCGAGGCAGCUGUUGACGAUCCGCGAAUGUACCCGAAUCUCGGCGAGUUUUUCCGGAGGACCCUCAAGCCUGGCCUGAGGCCCAUCGCACCAGGAGAUUGUGUUGUAAGUCCAGCCGAUGGGAAAAUUUUGCAUUUUGGAGAAGUGCAAGCAGGUUUUGUAGAACAAGUGAAGGGCAUUGCGUACCCAUUGCAAGCAUUUUUAGGACCCCAUCCGUGGGGCGACGAAGGCGCGGAUGAUGUCACAGAUGAACAUCUUUAUCAUGAGCAAAUGCUUAAACACAAGGAUGGCUCAACUGCGUUGUAUCACUGUGUUGUCUACUUGGCGCCGGGAGAUUAUCACCGAUUUCAUUCGCCCGCCGACUGGAAAGUCCUACGUCGUCGUCACUUUCCCGGAAAACUAUUAUCGGUGAAGCCUCGCGUAGCUUCCUGGGUUAAGGGACUGUUCAACAUCAACGAACGGGUAGUCUACUCAGGAGAAUGGAAGUAUGGUUUUUUCAGUAUGACUGCCGUAGGGGCAACAAAUGUCGGAAGUAUAAAAUGCUCAUUUGAUCCUACCUUAGCCACGAACAAGUUGUUGUAUAAGAAGAACACGUGGUGUGACAUGUCAUUCGACAAGCCCAUUGAACUGAAGAAAGGUGACGAUUUCGGCGAGUUUAACAUGGGUUCGACGGUUGUGACAAUUUUUGAAGCUCCGAAAAAUUUCGAAUGGAGUCUUUACGAACGACAGAAAAUCAAGUACGGCGAGCGCAUAGCUGGCGUGAAGACACAACCUGUGGGCUAAGCGUAAUCUAUGUAGCCAUAUAGAUUUGAAUGGGUAUUGUGCAUGCUGAUUGCACUGAGAAAGCUUGGGAAAAGACGUAAUAUUGAACUAAAAGCAGAAGCAGAACGAAAGCUGGCUGAGGUAAUCAGCCACUCAGUUACUAUCACAUCAAUGAGUGUACCACUAAGUACCUUGUAAAGUAACGGCUUUUAAUAAAAAAAAAUAUUAUUUUUUUAUUAAAAAUUAUAUAAUUUUAGAGACGAAAAUGGCAGCGGGGUAAGAAAGAACAGCUUGUGGUUGUUAAUAAGUAUAAUAUGAACAGUAGUUGUCUGCCUACAAUGGGGGCGUGAAGGGGACACAAUAAAAUUGUCUCCUUCUCCAUACUGUAAGGUCCGGCAGCGAGAGCCAGAAAUGCGGCUACAAUCAUAUUAGAAUGUCAAUCCCUAGUAGUAUAAUGAUUAUUUUGCCGGUGCCCAACAAAAAGCACAUCCGGACUACCAACAGCGACUGCCAACAAAAACAGUUAUUUUGUAAAAAAAUAAAACACCGAUAAGCAAAUGGCGACCUAAUUAUAUGUUACUAGCUCCCUAACCUAUCGAAUAUAGAGCUCGACCGAAGUUAGGAAGCUCGACUUACAUCUCAGAAAUUCUCAUGACAUCUCAAAAGUUCUCAUGUUUCUCUUUGGUUGCUACUGGCUACCACAUGGCCUUUACCACGGUCAAAAUCAGUUUCAAAUGCAAUAAUUGAGAAGCUCGCUAUGGAUUUGCCGUUUAUUUAUGCCACAAAAAGAAUAGCGUCUCGGUUCGUGUACAAGAAUGGGUGAGCGUGUGCAUGGGUCAAGAAGUGCAUCCUCCCCAAAGCACAACUAAGUACGUGGGGCUGCUAUUAGGCGACCCUAUCGAGCGAUAAUAACAAAAUGCAAAUGUUUUAUAUUAUGGAAGUGCAGGUAGAGUCCGUGAUAGAAGUAGAUAGUAAUCGCGUAGCUUUAUGAUCAUGGGAAUACGGAAAAAAAUACACAAGUGUUUUAUAUAAAAGUUCUAUAAAAAAUGAGCCAAGAAACAAGUGAUUUCUAAUAAACAUGUCUGUUCCUCCCAGCUUACCAUAUUUGGAGGUGGUUGUAAGCUUA